CAGGAGAGGCAGUUCUGUUUGUGUUACAUGUUUAUCUGACGACUUUUCUGGAUUUUUUUCUGGCUUUGGGGAAGCAGACAUGUCUUAUCUUCUCAUUUUGGGACUCACAGUACUAUGGACUUCACACAUUCAUGCCGUUUCUAAUCGCUGCGAUGCGCCCGUUAAAGUCCUUCACAAGACUCCCUGCACAUCCUGCGCCGCUUCCGCCGCCGUCGUCUGCGCGCGAGGGUUCGGGAAGAUCACCCAGAACCCCGAUAGCUGCAAAUACGUUGUGGAAAUCGGCAGUCGUCAGAUAGAGCUGUCAGGGUGCUCUCAUAGCUGUCAGGGCUUUACGACAGUCCAGCACUGCUGUCCGGGCUUCUGGGGCUCCCUGUGCUUGCCUUGCCCUAGCUGGUCUGGAAAGAUUUGUAACGGUUAUGGUACAUGUGAAUCUGGAAAUGGCACCUGUGUUUGUAAUUUUUUGUUGACAUGA